UUGACAUCUGUCUAUGCAUUUCUCUCAAAUUGUCGAAUACAUACAACAUAAAUACGGCCAGACUAUACUUACUACGCAUUUCCAUACUGCAGAUUCGGAAUGUUUGUUGAGGGCAUUUGUUUCGGAACUAUAUAUUUUAAACCAACUAAACAUUAAUUAUAGAUCAAUAUAUACAUACAAUACAUGUAUCUGCUAUGUACAUACAUAUGUGUUAUGCAUGUACAUAUGUACGAGUACAUUCACUCCUUUUCCGGCCCAGCUGACUGAUUACAUAAUUAAACACAUACCAUUUAUACUGAAAAACUAGUGAAUUUACUUCUAUCUAAUUUUAUUUAUAAGUAUAAUUCAUAUGUCAUGACAGCAUACAUUAGUUUAAUAAGUUAGUGUUUCAAUUUCUCUGUGGAUUUUCCCAAUACAAUAAAGCAAUGUUUUUCACUUGCGAAAUUCACAAUCAACACUUUUCCACGUUGGAAGCAGUAAAGCUACACGACUCCGUUUUUCAUAUAGGUGAAAAGGAUGACAACACGACUGAAGAAGUCAUGUCAGUCCAGGAGAAAAAAUCACCGACGGACCCCUCCAUCAACCAUGAUCAUAACUUUAACUGUCCGAUUAAAUCUGACAAUUCCAUGCAGAAUUUGUCCCCUCCAAGAUAUACGUGUCACAUUUGUGCAGAGACUUUUCCAUCCUCACAACUUGUCAUGCAUCACUUGAAGUCGCAUUUUGGCCCCCAAGAUGUUCAUGUCAACCAGGAAGAGGUGGACUACCUUCCGAAUUUUCUUCCCGUCGUAAAAACGGAGCAAUCUCUCGAUGACUGCUGUGACAUCAUCGACAGUGAGUCAGAUCUCUACUACGAACCAGAAUCCGUAACAACGCCACAGUUAAAUAACAAGCCGAAAGCAUCACGUUCUCAAAAGAACAAGCUGAUAAGUUUAAGACAUCAUUCCUCCACCCACAAGCGCAUAUCCUGUUACUUUUGCUCUUUUGUCCCCCGAUACAGUUUCUUCAAACUUCUGGAGGCUCACAUGCGCAAGCACACGUUAGAAAUUCCAUAUCGUUGUGUGACUUGUGGGCGUCGUUGUUACAAUUCCAAAAAACUCGAAAUUCAUCAACAAACCAGACACCAAGACUCGAGUAACGACAAAUUAUUACGAAAGUUUAAAUGCCGCUUGUGCAAACGCUCAUUUCGUGCAAAGGAUACGCUUCGUGGACACAUGCAGACCCACUCGACCCAUGCAACCUUAUCGUGUCCUCAUUGCGAGAAACGGUUUAAACAGGGAAGAGCCUUGGUCCGACAUAUCGCUUCGUGUCAUUCGACUAAUCCUCUAAUCACGUGUGAGGUGUCAAACUGUGGACAAACUUUCAACCGGCGAGAUGUGUGGAAGUUGCACAUGAAAAAGGUUCAUCCGUCCGAAGUGAUCACUAAUUCAGCCAGAGAAAAAAGCUACACGUGCCAGUUCUGUCCACGUGGGACGGCAAAUGAUUUGUGAACUUAUAUGCAUAAAAUCAUAUGCAAUUAUAAAAUCUUAAACGUUGUUAAUUCUCCUGUUUGUGGACGCUUGGCAUACCAAUUUAAUUCCGCAGUGGGUGUGGAUGCGUGGCAUGCCAAUUUAAUCCCCCAGUUUCAAAAUUUUAAGGAUUGUUCUGUUCUGUCAAGAAUGCCUUGACACUUAGCGAUCUAAUAAUAACGUAAUUCGAUUGUCUAGCAACAUUGGAUAUGUUGAGUAUUGAAUAGCGAUGCUGAAUAAACUAUCACCGCACGUUAGCAACCAGUAACUUAACACGUAAAUAGGUUGCCUAAUGCAAAUAUUUCAAAAAGCUCUAAUUCCGUCAGUUUUGAUCCGAUUAAGUCGAACAAAGGCUUACAAUUUGCGUAUUAUCCUGGAGAAUAAUAAAAAUGGCAAGCCCCCGGUCGGAAACACUUCCUUGAUGCCAAGAAAUGGAUUUGAAAUUUUAGGCAUCGGACUUUCUACCUGAAGGAAUUAGAAUUUUUGAAAAAAUAAAAAAAACGUAUCUGUAAAACAGAAUUCUCUGGUUUUUUUGUUUCAGCAUGUUUUCCAUGCAACGAACGGUUUGGGCGAAAUCUCAGUGCGACCUUUUCAAAGUUGCAGCUGAUUGCAUACCUAGGCUUCGCCGUAACCAUGGUGAUCUUUUAACAUGAUCACCUUAUGGUUACUUUUCCUUCACCUAAGAAAAACCAUCCAGAUGAGGUGAAAGGGCUCCUUACCUGCACCCUUUGUGGUACAACUCUGUCCUCUUUUUCGCAUCGGAAACGACAUGACAAAACUAAAGGACAUCUAGACAAAGUAAAAGAUGCUGAGAAAAGUACAAGUGUAGCGAAAGGCUGACAAUUCAUUGAAGAUAACCUAAAAAUGUUGUACUUAAGAGAUGACUGUAAAUACUUUAUACUCAUGACCCGAGCGAUAAAAUAAACAAAUCUAUAUAUUUAGCUCUAAAAA